UCCAGCAGAGCUCGCGGUGUGCUGUGCGCGUCUCGUGCGCGUCUAGAUCAGUCGCGCGGAGCGGCACGAGGAAUAAACGGGAAUAACGAAGAGACGGUUACGGGACGAAUGGCGCUCAUGGCCGGGAUUAUUUACGCGCUCACCUCGCUUUUCCUGGGGAUUUGUGCAGGUCUGUCCGCUCCAAGGAAUCAUCCGGAGAAUGAAGUCACGCUGCUGGAUUCCAGAUCAGUGCAGGGAGAUCUGGCAUGGGUCGCGAGCCCGACGGAAGGAGGGUGGGAAGAGGUGAGCAUCAUGGAUGAGAAGAACAUCCCCAUCAGAACAUACCAGGUGUGUAACGUGAUGGAGCCCAAUCAGAACAACUGGCUCAGGACUCACUGGAUCCGGCGCGGCCCGGCCCAGCGCAUCUACAUCGAGAUUAAAUUCACCCUGCGUGACUGUAACAGCCUGCCCGGCGUCAUUGGCACCUGCAAAGAGACGUUCAACCUCUACUACCUUGAGUCCGACUCCGAUAACGAGCGCUACGCUCACGAGAGCCGGUUUGCCAAGAUCGACACGGUGGCGGCGGACGAGAGCUUCACGCAGGUGGAUAUUGGUGAUCGGAUCAUGAAGCUGAACACUGAGGUUCGGGACGUCGGUGUUCUGAGCCACACAGGGUUUUAUCUGGCCUUCCAGGACGUAGGAGCCUGCAUCGCUCUGGUUUCCGUUCAUGUGUUUUACAAGAAGUGUCCGUUAGCUGUUAGGAACCUAGCGCAGUUUCCUGACACAGUUACCGGAGCGGACACAUCAUCACUGGUGGAGGUGCGAGGCUCCUGCGUGAAUCAUUCGGAGGAGCAGGAGGUUCCCAAAAUGUACUGCGGCGCAGAUGGAGAGUGGCUGGUGCCCAUUGGGAAUUGCCUGUGCAAUCCUGGAUACGAGGAAAGGAAUGAGCAAUGUCAGGGAGUUGCAGUGCAUGCAUGUGAAAGUAUCUGUGGGAUGCAGUCGAUGCUAUUGUUGCGCUGACGCUGUGCUGAAAGGAAUCUGCCGUUGCAGUCGAGACUCUGGGCUCUGUGAGAGUUUUGGGGGUUCACCGGGGGGAGCUGAAGAAGAGGUCCGGGGCAGGUCAGAGGUCACUGACUCUUUCAUCCAUCUCUGACGCUUGGCUGACAGCUGGAGAGGAGAAAUUUAUUAAGACAUCAAAACUCUUGACAGCUGGGCUUCCACAGGAUGCCAUGGAGACAUGGGGGCCGUGAUCGCGGCUCCUGCUCUCUAUAUGGACCCGAUGGGGGAUGCUGCUGUUUGUUCUGUGUGGUUUAGAGUCGCCUGUUGCAUGAUCACCCACAGGAUAGAUAGAUCUUUACAAUCUCAUUCGUGUUUUCUGAACAGAAAUGAUAUUAA